CUCCCUCAGCUACACACGUCUCUGCGACUGCGAGUCGGCCUUUCCUACGGUUUUCCUUCCAGUUGUCUUCCAUUCCCAGAGAUCUCUCUUUCUAUUUCCCUCCCGUCUCCUCCUCUAGAUCCCCGGCAACCACCGCCGAUCUCUGCGCUUCUUGAUCCCGCACCGCCGUCUAAAAAAAAAUGGCCGCUCCGCCUCUCCCGGUCACGAACCCCGAAUCCCAGCCUCCAAUUGCCACGCCGGCCUUCCGCAACUUCAUCUCCCGCCUCUCCUCCUCCGUCCGCCAGGGCUUCUCCCAGCGCCGCCCAUGGACGGAGCUCAUCGACCGCUCCGCAUUCGCUCGACCUGACUCCCUCACCGAAGCCGCCGCCCGGAUCCGCAAGAAUCUGUCCUACUUCAAGGUCAAUUACAUUUCAAUGCUCGUAGUCGUCCUCGGCUUCUCCCUCCUGUCCCAUCCUUUCUCCCUCCUGGUGCUCCUCUCCCUCCUCGCGUCCUGGAUCUUCCUCUACCUCUUCCGGCCUUCCGAUCAGCCCGUGGUGAUUCUCGGCCGGACCUUCUCCGAGCGCGAGACGCUCGGCGUCCUGCUCGUGUCGACCAUCGUCGUCGUGUUCUUGACCAGCGUCGGCUCGCUCUUGAUCUCGGCGCUGAUGGCUGGAGUCGCGAUUGUGUGCGUCCACGGCGCCUUCAGGGUCCCGGAAGAUCUGUUCCUUGACGAGCCGCAAGAGCCAGCGAAUGUCGGACUCCUUUCGUUCCUCGGCGGCGCCGCCUCCUCCGCCGCUGCCGCCGCCGCUCCCGUUGUCGGCGCUCGCGUGUGAGAAUUGAAAAGUGAGAACUGAACUCUCUCGCUCAUAGCUUUUCCUUUUUCUUCUUUAAUUGAAGUCGCAUGUAGGUUUUGACUGAGCAAGACUUGAAUUUUCUUGAAAUCUGUUGUCGUUGAGACUGCAAGUUGUUGAUUAGAUUUCUUGUAGAAGAUCUGAGCUUGAUGUCAUGGCAGUACUAAAUCCUAUUGAUUCGUUUUCAUUGUACUUUUGAUCGUUGCUUAUGUUGUGGUAAUUCGUAUCCGCGCUAUACAGUUGAUCUUCUAUCAAUUCCCAGCCAUGAAUCCUCUAUUGUUCCUCCAUUCAUGUAUAUUUAACCAAGUGAUAGACUGAUAGUACACUGAUCCGAUCCUUACAAAAAAAAAAAAAAAGAUAGUGCAUUGAUUCCUUCCCUGUGAAUCCUUGGAGUUAUGCAUUGUUGAUUGAUGAACCCAUUAAUCUAGUAACUAGCUGGGAUGACUGAUAGCUCUUUGUUUUAGCUAGACAAGGAUGUCCAUCCACAGUUUUAUUAGGAAGGAAUCUUUAGAUACGAGAAUCGAAUGAAAUCGUGAUAGCGUCUAUGGUUUGCAAGAAGGGUUUCUGGAAACUUAGGAGUCUGUAAUGGUUUCUGGAAAGUUAGGUAGGAGUUGCUCAUGGUUUUUAUGUAGAGUACUGUGAUAGGCAUGAUCGUUCUGUGAGACUGUACUAGAGGGGAGUGUUGAACUUGCGUGGAAAUGGAACCACUGUAAAUCAAGGGCUCUGGUUGAAGCUACGAUUUAGUUCGGACUACUAGAUGACUUUACUUUGGUACUUGGCAAUUCUAGCUGUAGGGGUUCUGAGUCGUCCGACCAAGAAUUGGACGGCUGAUCUGCAUCUGAUGCGUCUGCAUUCCGCGUGCAUAAUAGCUGUAUGAUUCUUUAUCAUAUGGCUGAGAAUGUGCAAGCCUGUAUGCCAUUAUGCUUACCCGUAGACCGUUGAUAGUAAGCUAAGCAUGCAUGUUUCCUUGGUCUGAAUCUUCUAAAUGCAAGGCUCGAGUAGUUAUCGGGGUAAGGGAUUUUGACAGGACAGAGCUAAUCCCCUGUGCAGGUAAAGUUAGGGACAUUGUGAAGGCUUCAGAUAAGGUGACAUGCACUGAUAUAUCUGCUUUAGGAGGGUUAGAAUAGAUGAUUCCAUUUCCAAUUCUCCAUGGAGUUGAAACGGGCGAGCAUGGUUUUCACGAACAUGAGAAGAGUUUGCUUCUUCUGUUCCAAAACACUCUACUGUUUCAGCCUUGUUGGUAAUGUAAGAAUAAUGCCAACCAUAGAACUGAAGUAAGUGUCUAAGGUUCACGAGAAAGUGUCGGUGGGCGGAGGUAUUGGCAGGAAGAACGGAAAGGGGAACUGUGAGCGUGAGGGCAGUGGUUUUAUUGACUAGGCGCCACAUUUAUGGCGCUGCUGCGAUUGUCGGUCGUUAUCAAGUAGUAUUUAUGAAAAUCUGAAGUACUAAAUGUGCGGUAAUCAUGACGUGACUACUAUAAUAAGUCGAAUUAUUCGAUAACGAUAUUUGCACUUGAUUGUAACUACAUCGGAGUUACACCGAUAGAUAAUUGAGAGAAGUACACUCCACUCAAUGCUAUGCACCAGUAACAGUAAGAGUAACACCCCAUCCAAAACUUUGAACUAAGAGUCCAGCAAAAUUUUCAAACUUUCAUCUACGACUACAAGUGUGUAAUUUGCAGUUUGGUAAAAUCUUUGAACUAAGAAAUCCGAAUUUCAAUU